UUCAUAAUUCAAUUAUUGCUCCUGUGAUUUUCCCCAUAAUAACUUUAGAUAAUGUAGUGCCACCUGUUUUGCAUAUUAUGUUAGGAGUUGUGUUAAAACUGUAUAAGUUAUUGUUGAAGGAGUGUAAGACUUUAGAUUGUCAAGCUGUUUCGUCUUUGUCGCAUAAUGAGAAUGUGAGAACGAAUGAAUUGUGAGCUGCUAAAAGCGUUGAAUGUUCUAAAACAGCAGAAGCUUUACGUUUAUUAGGAAAUCAAUUUGUAGACGUUGCAAAUCUACAGGCGCGUUGGUUAGCUUUUAAUAAAAAUAUUUCUGAAUUAUCUCUAAACUCCUCCAAUAAAAAAAUAACCUUUAAACAGCAAGAAAUGUGUGAUAGUAUUAGGUGUUUAAUUACAAAAUACGAUUGUAACAUUGAUUGGGUGCAGUGUGGUACGUGCCAAAAAUUGUUUCAUCAAUUUUGUGAAAUUAUUGGUGAUUCGGAAAAGAGUGUAUUGUGUGACAUUGAGAAGUAUGAGUGUUUAGCAUGUCAGGGUGAAGAUAUAGAAUGUCUUGACCUUUAUAUUUCUGAAAAAAUUUCUUUUAUACGUGCACAACGCGAAGUUUUAGACACUGAAUAUAUUAAAUUGCAGGUGGAGUGUGAAGACCUAGAAAAAAUAUCCAAAAGUAGCAUGGGGACUCAUGAGAGGUCUCUUAAUAAGGCCCUUGAAGAUAUGAAGGUUGAGCCACAAGCGUACCACGGUAAUGUGUUCGUAGGUAAUCAUUGCAAAAUAGUCUUAAGAAACCACUAUAAACUUUGUAGUGUUAUUGAUGAUGAAGCUAUUAAAAAUAGAUUUGUACGUGUGUUUAGUGUUUUUAAUAAGUUGCAACCUAUUCUAUUUAAGCGAAAAUUUCUUUCAGAUGCCGAAAUUACUGAGCUUCAUCAAUAUAUAAAUUUAUUUGCUAUCGAAUUUCAUGAUUGCUUUCCAAAAGAAAGUAUCAUGCGAAAAAUGCAUGAACUCAUUUUUAAUGUGCCACUAUUUGUAAAAUUGCAUAAAACUAUUGGGUUGCUGAGUGAAGAGGAGGGAGAGUGUUUGCAUAAUAGCGUAAAUAAGGAAUUAAGACAGUUGCGUUCAGUAAGAAAUCAGGAGCAAAAGCUGCAUCUUGUUUUAAAACGCUUUGAAUUGCACAGCAAAGCUGAUAGGAAGCUUCAAGCCUCUAAGAUGAGAAAGUGUGUUGUGUGUUCUGAGCGUGGCGAAAAUUCAUUUUAUAGACAAGGUCUUUGUCUUGUUUGUGGUCAUCAAAUUUAGUUAAAAUAUUUAAAAAAUUAAAAACAACAACAACAAAAAAAAAUUAAAAAGUAAGAUAAAUUAUAUGAGAUCUUUAAUUUGUAUAUAAGAUAAUUUUAUUUUGUUCUAAUAUCUGUGUGAUGUUAGUUUAAAAUAUUAUUUUUUAAUAUAUUGAUUUUAUAUAUUAGGUAGGUGCCCAUUCUGUUCCUAGCUUCAGAAGUUAUUUAUACCUAUGCAAUACCUUCGCUCAGGUUAAAGAAUGGAAUACUAGUCUUGCAUCAAAUGUAUGUAAAAAUCUAGCUUUUAUAUAUUAACUUGUGAUCAGAGCAACUAGUAUGUUGGUUGGAUAUAUUACAUAUCCAUUCGAUGUUUAUCACCAGAAGUUAGUUCUACCUUUGCAGUACCUCUGCUUUACAUACCUCCUCGCUGGUUAAAGAAUGGAAUAUAAAUCUCAUAUCAAGUUGGUGUAAAAAUUUAGUUCAAUAAAUUAAGAAUUUAUAAACGUUCUCAAAAUUUUGAGUGGAGCAAUUGUUUUUCUGGUUUAGCAUGAGUAUGAAUCUGAUAUCAAUUGUAUGUACAAAGAUAGUUUACUUCUUAAAGAACCUAUCAGUAAACCAACUGAUUAUAAAACAGUUUUUAAUGGGAAUAAAAACAAAUUUUCAAAAGA